AUGAAGAGAUGCGACGGCGAUAACAGCUUCGGCCCCGCUCUGGGGCCUGGCUUUGAGUGUCACAACUUUGACUUCACGCUCUAUUUUGAGGAUUGUAUCUUCAGCCUGGUGCCUGCGAUAAUCGCGAUUAUUGCCUCGCUAUGUCGCAGCUACACACUCCUUGGGCGACCGAAGGCAAUUGGCUGGCCUUUGGGAUCAGCACUGAAGGCUUCUUGCUUCCUCUUCCUGGCAGGUUUCCAAAUCGCACUGAUCGCGCUUUGGAGUCGGGGAGAUGGUGUGCGCAGCGCACUCACUGUGCCAGCAAGCGCACUCGCUUUGGCGGCCACUAUCAGCCUUGCAACAAUCUCCAAUGUCGAGCACAGUCGAGUGCAGCACCCCUCAUUGAUUGUACAGACUUACCUUGCAUUCACGUCUCUACUUGACCUCACACGAGUCAGAACUCAAUGGCUGUUCGACGACAAUAGUAUGAUCGCAUCACUUGUGACUGUGACGCUAAUAUUGAAGUUGUGUAUAUUGGCGGUUGAAUCUGUGAGGAAAAGCCUCUACGGCACUCAUUCAAGGAGCGAUGCGUCUCCUUUGGAAGUUUCCGGGAUAUUUGGCUGGGCUCUUUUGCUAUGGGUCAAUCCAUUGCUCAGGCUUGGAUACUCCAAAAACUUGGAAAUUGGCGAUCUCUUUCUGCUUGAAGGGGACCUAGAUGGCUCUCACUUGACCGAUCGACUGGCCAAGAAAUGGCGGACAACAAACAGGUCAAAAAAGCACUGUUUGACCAGCUCUGUUCUCAUCACCUUCGCUCCGGAAAUCCUAGCGUGCUGGCUUCCUCGGGCAUUUAACAUCGGGUUCAUGAUGGCGCAGCCUUACCUGAUCCAAACAAUGUUGUUUUACAUAAUUAAUCAUAACAUCAUCCCAGUCAGUCAUGGGUAUGGACUUAUAGGAGCGUAUGCAGCUGUUUUCAUUGGUACCGCUAUCACGAAUCAGAUAUAUAUGUUCCUGAACUAUCGUGCGAUAGUGAAGCUUCGCGGAGCUUUAGUAGGAAUCAUAUAUCGUGAUAUGUUGAAAACUCGAGCCGAAAGCAAGCACGCGUCGUCCGCAUUAACUCUCAUGAGCACCGACGUCGAUAAGAUCUGUUUGUCCGCACGCUCAGUCAUAGACAUCUUUCCCAACAUCGUACAGGUAGGGUUAGCCAUGUGGAUUCUUGGUAUACAGCUUGGCCCGGUCUGUGUUGCGCCCGUAAUCGUUGCGAUAGUGUGCGCUGCUGGUGUGGGAGGAUUGGCGAGAAUGAUACCCUCGCGACAGCGCAGAUGGAUUGUUGCGAUUCAGAAACGAGUCGGCAUCACCUCCGACAUUUUAGGUUCAAUGAAAGGUAUCAAGAUGUCCGGCAUGAGUAGCCCGGUCACCACAAAGAUCCAAGACUUAAGGGACUUUGAACUCUCAGAAUCAAGGAAAUUUCGCAAAAUCCAAAUUUGGAUGAUUAGUGCCAAUAUCGUCCCUAUGUUGUCCAUGUCUGCUGUAACAUUCACUGUCUACGCCAUCGUUGCAAAGGUGUCAGGAAGCGGGACUCUGGGGAUCUCGCAAGCAUUCACUUCAUUGAAUCUCAUCACCCUCCUAGCGAUGCCAGUCUCCUCGUUCAAUAGUGUAGCACAGUGUUUAUCAUGUCUGGACCGCAUUCAGGAUUUCCUACUUUUGAAAAAAUGGACCGACUACAGAGUUAAUAGCGAAACAUCAUCUCGAAUAACCACUAAUAACAACUCGGAGAAAUACGCCAUCAUAAUUGAGGAAGCUAAUUUCGGCUGGGAAGAGAAUAAUGAGAAGGCAAAUUUGAAAGGAAUCAACGUCAAGGUACCAAUCGGCGGUCUCUCAUUAGUGGUUGGCCCUGUCGCAAGUGGAAAGUCAACCCUAUUGAAGAGUAUAAUUGGUGAGACAUAUAUUCACUCUGGAACUGUCAGCAUCCUUGGUUCGGCAGUGGUUGCAUACUGUGAUCAAGACGCAUGGGUGCUCAACCAAACCAUCCGCGCUAACAUCGUCGCCUUCUCUGAGUAUUCCGAGGGAUUUUACAAGACUGUGGUCAAUGCUUGCCAAUUAGAAGAGGACUUUAGUCAUCUUCCAAAUGGUGACUUAUCCAUGGUGGGAAGCCAAGGGAUAUCAUUGAGCGGUGGGCAGAAAGCUCGUGUGGCUUUGGCAAGAGCAAUAUACAGCCGCAAGAAGAUUGUGGUUCUGGAUGAUACCAUGAAGGGCUUAGACGCAGAUACAUCCAGUAGAUGUUUCAAGGCCUUGCUUGGCAAAAGCGGACUUCUAAGACAGAAUGGCACCACCGUGGUCAUGGCGACCCACAAUGGCAAGACUGGGACAUUCACAUCCCUCCGAGACCAAGACGAGUACAUCAGAGAUCUCCAAGAAUCUUACAAAUCGAGCGAUAGGGACAAAGACGAGAGCGAAGAUAUCCAGUCGAGUACCAUUGCUAUCAGCGUGCUAGUAAAUCCCUCCGAGAAGAAGGACAAUUCAGAAAAAGGUCAUCUUCAAUCAAAGGAGCUAAUGGGCACUGCCGAUGAUAAGAAAGUGAAGACGAGGGGAGGGAUGAACAGCUCUCUGCCUUACUACGUCAAGUCGCUUAUGAGCAAUUCGUUCUUGAUAUUCUGUUCCCUCAUAAUCUUCCAGGUGGCAUGCCGCGUCUUGCAGCCACUGUGGCUCAACUACUGGACCGCAGCGAAUGCGAGCAACCCCAACGAGGACCCGGGUAAAUGGGUCGGUAUAUACGUCCUACUAUCGGUCAUGAACCUCGCUGGAAUGAUUGUGCAGUUCAGCAUCUUCCUGCUCCGUAUAGUUCCAAGGUCUGCAAAGUCACUCCACUGGGGUAUAUUGAGGAUAGCGAUGAGUGCCCCGAUGUCCUACUUUGUGACAACAGAUGUAGGCGAAAUAGUCAACCGGUUCAGCCAGGACAUGACCCUCGUGGACUUCCCGCUACCUGUUGCUUUGAUGCAGUUCUCUGAACAGCUGAUUAUGGCUGUCGGCCAGAUCAUCAUGACUUGCGUUUCCUCGGGCUACCUGGCCGCUUCUAUCCCAGUUCUCGCGCUGGUCCUAUUCUAUAUCCAGCGGUUUUACUUGCGCACCUCGCGACAACUCCGUCUACUUGACCUGGAGUUCAAGUCUCCGCUCUAUUCCUUUUUCAUCUCGUCGUUUGCAGGUCUGACUACCAUCCGCGCCUAUGGCUGGUCAGAAAAGUGUUACCAGGAGCAUCUCAGCCGCCUCAAUACCUCGCAGCGGCCGUUUUACCUACUCUACUGCGUACAACGAUGGCUAACGUUGUUGCUCGAGCUCACGGUUGCAGGACUGUGCGUGCUGCUGGUUGGCGUUUCCGUAGGCAUCCGCGACAAGGUCGCACCCGGUCUGCUGGGCGUCGCUCUAACCAGCGUUUCAAGCUUUGGCCAGACGAUGACAAUGGUCAUCAUCUUCUGGACUGAGUUGGAGACAUCAUUGGGGGCCAUCACGCGCAUCCGGGAGUUCAUUGCAGAUACUCCACAGGAAAAGGAAGGUUCGAACACACUGCCCCCUGAGUGGCCACCGCAGGGCCAUAUAUCGAUCUCCGGGUUGAGUGCCAAGUACGGUGAGCGCACGGUUCUCGAUGGCAUUGAUCUUGAAAUCAAAGCAGGGGAGAGAGUCGCACUUUGUGGUCGCAGUGGGAGUGGCAAGUCCACUCUCCUUGCCUUGCUACUUCGACUGUACGACCCUGCGAGUGGAACCAUUGAGAUUGACGGGAUCGAUACUUCGACGAUGAGGGUCAAUGACGUUAGAGAGUCUGUUGUCACGCUGCCCCAAGAUCCUUUGCUCUUGGCGGGUACCGUAAGGUAUAACCUCGAUCCCGCGUCAUGUGCGAGUGAUGAAGACAUGCUCGCAGCAUUGGAGAAGACAGGGUUACGAGACUUAAUUAAGGGGAAAGGGGGUUUAGACGCAGAGCUCCGGACCGAGUGGUUGAGUGCGGGACAGAAACAGUUAUUUUGUCUGGCGAGAGCUAUGCUGAGGCAGAGUCGGAUCUUACUUCUUGAUGAAGCCACCAGCAGUCUGGACCAGCAAACGGAUGAGUUAAUGCAGAGUUUGAUUCGGAAGGAGUUCGUGGGGUGGACUAUGGUAGUUGUUGCGCACCGGCUGAAGACCAUUGCGGAUUUUGACAAGGUUUUGGUGUUGCAAGAUGGAAACGUCGUUGAGUUUGAUAGCCCCGAAACACUCUUAGAGAGAGGAGGGUUGUUCAAGACCUUAUGGGACCUGCAAGAGUCGUAG